AUGUGGAUCUAUCACACCCAUAAACUUCCAGUCAUGGCACUAAUAUUCCACAAAAGCUUUAGCAUGUACACUUUGUUCCACAACUCUAAAGCAAAAAUGUUGAGUCCAUCUUUGGUCCUAGGCAAGAAACAUAUGAAGGGUUUGUUGCAUCAGCUCAAUGGAACCAUGGUCCCCCCUGGAAAAGAGAAGACCAUCAGCAAAUGUGAGGUUGGUGAUCUGCAGCCUCUCACAUUUAGUGUGAUAGUUAAAGUUAGGGUUCCUCUACAUUUUAUGGAGAUACUUGUUAAGAUACUCCAUGGUAAUAAUAAAUAUAAGUGGGGACAAGGGGUCACCUUGUUUGAUUCCUCUUCUAGCCACCAAGCUAUCAGUGUAAGUGCCAUUAAUAUUGAACAUGUAUGA